UUUGAAGUUUUUUCAGCACCAAACAUUGUUGAGCCGUAUCACAGUGCGUGUUGCAGAUAAAGUGAAUAGUAUGGAUCAACCUAAAAUAGCCUCAUGUUUGUGUUAGACUCUGGAGAGGACUAUAUGUUCCCUGGAGAUUCUCAAAUGGUCUUUGGCUGCUCAGAAUUGUGACUUUUUUACCUUCAUUGUGAGGGCGCAAGGAUCUUUUUUUUACGCACGGCUGCCAACCUUUGCCAUUACCUCCGCAACUUAAACAUUGAUAAUGGGAGAAAAGGGCAGACCAAGGGGGCUUGAGGAGUCCCAGACCCGGGGUGCCUUUAGCAGUCAGGGCCAGGCACGGCCCGGUGAAUAACCGCGCGGCGACAGCAUGCCCUCUUGGCCCAAUCUCUCUGAGUGCCUCUCCCAUAACUGCAGCUGGGAGGAGACCCACAACGCCACAAAGAACGUUGACCUUGACCUCCCUCCUCUCAAUUACUACUCAAUCCCUCUCCUCACGGUCAUCACCAUCGCUUGCACGCUGCUGUUUCUGGUCGGGGUGGUCGGGAAUGUCAUGACUAUUUUGGUGGUCAGUAAGUACCGGGACAUGCGCACUACUACCAACCUGUACCUGUGUAGCAUGGCCGUAUCCGACCUGCUCAUCUUCCUCUGUAUGCCACUGGACCUCUACAGAAUGUGGAGGUACAGGCCCUGGCGGUUUGGGGACGCGCUCUGCAAGCUUUUUCAGUUCGUGUCAGAGUCGUGCACCUACUCCACCAUCCUGAGCAUCACCGCUCUGUCAGUGGAGCGCUACCUGGCCAUCUGUUUCCCGCUGCGUGCCAAGGCCCUGGUUACCAAAAGGCGGGUGCGUGCCCUUAUUCUUCUGCUCUGGACAGUGUCUCUACUGAGCGCCGGACCUGUGUUUGUGAUGGUGGGAGUAGAGCGUGACAACAUGGGGCCGACAAAUUUCAGUUCAGGGAUGAAUGAGACUGGCUUCUUCCUGGAGGCCGGGGACACCCGGGAGUGCAAGAUGACGCACUACGCUGUGGAGUCAGGCCUGAUGGGGGCCAUGGUGUGGUUGAGCUCUGUUUUCUUCUUCAUGCCGGUGUUCUGUCUCACAGUGCUCUACAGUCUCAUAGGCCGUCGGCUGUGGCAGAGACACAGAGAGACAAACAUCAGCUCCCGUGUGGCUCACCGCGACAAAAGCAACAGACAGACCAUCAAGAUGCUGGUGGUGGUGGUGCUGGCAUUUGUCCUUUGCUGGUUGCCGUUCCAUGUGGGUCGCUACCUGCAGUUCCGCUCACUGGACGCCCCGUCCCCGCUGCUGUCUUUGUUGUCCGAGUACUGCAGUUUGGUGUCCGUGGUUCUCUUCUACCUGAGCGCCGCCAUCAACCCCAUCCUAUAUAACACCAUGUCCUGGAAAUAUCGGGGCGCGGCGGCGCGCCUCUUCGGCCUGAUCGACAGCCAGCCCCCACGAGGCCGCACCGCCAGCACCGUUAAGGGGGACGGCUCGAACGGCUGGACGGAAUCCACAGUCAGCUUCUAAACGUAUGGCUGUCAAAAUGUCUGGACAUAAUUAGCCAUUAUUACUGUCAGGCCAGGGAGAAAACGGUUCUCUGAGCGUGAACGCGGCACUUGCCUUUGUUUGACCAGACUAAAAGAAACAGAGGAUGAGAACAAGGCAAGCCACAAAAAGCUACAAGCCACUAUUCACGUUGUCAACAUGCAUCAAUAAGAUUUUUUUCUGAAAUGGUUAAUUUUCUUGUUGGAUUUUUCAGAAAGUGCCACCCACUGUUCACACAACACACUCCUGCUGAAAAGCUGGACUGGUGAGGUGCAAGAUACACUGGCCUUAUACUGAUCCAAAUGUUCAAACGUCCAAAUGCCCCCCCAUAUAUAUAUCAAUAAUUGCCUUAUAUUGUAUUCAUAUUCUGGAAGACAGAAAGCACUGUAGAACUUGUGGCACUUCUCUGUAUGCCUUUGGAGAGGGGCAGAGGUGCAGUGUGUGUGUGUGUGUGUGUGUGUGAGAGAGAGAGAGAGAAUUUGCAUGUGUGUAUUGCGUGCCAGGUGUCACCCUUUUAAAUGUGAUUCAUGUAAUUUGUUUUAGAAAGUGUGAGGAUGUAAGUGUACUGUGAAAUUCAGAGUCCUGUGUAGCCAGGUAGUAAGGAGCAGUGGGUGUCAAUAUCAAUGUUGGGAGUUUCAUAAAUGGAAGCCACAAAGCAAGUUGAUGUUAAGGAUUGUGAGACAGUUUACAGAAUGCAAACAUUUCUAAGAAAUGCAUAAUUAUAUCUGUAAUUAUUGUAAUUAUACAUAAUUCUUGUUAAAUGAUCAACAUUAUUCAAGCCACAGACUCUUGCUGCUUAAAAGAAGUCAUUAAAAAAAGCAAUGUACAUGAGUAGGUUUUGAGAAGCUAUCACUGAAUGUUGAGUGGUCACUUAGUGCAGUGCAUUUUUAAAAAUGUCGUUUUAGUGCAUUUGACAAAGAAAGCUGAUUGGUGUUACUGCAAAAAUCAACAUGACAGUGGCCAUAAACGCCUCAGUUUUCUGAGUCACCAUUCAAACUUUGCUGAUUUCAGCCAUCUCAGGUGUACUGAUGUCAGUUACGUUCAUACAAAAUACAGCAAAGGGCCUUUUUUAUUUUAUUACAACUGUGUUGGCACAAUGUUUUAAGCUCUGGAUCCAAUCAUACAAAACAUGUAGCAGAUUUGUCAUCCGUCAUUUGUCUGAUUUGGCAAGAUUCGUUAUGCUAUGUGAAACGAUGUUCAGCUUUGGUAAGUAAUGAAAACAGUUGGCCAGGUGGAGUAGCUUUUCAUUUUUCCCCAGUCACACUGUCAUAAAAGUUAAAGAGCAGUCAACCUGGAGAAUUAGCUGCGUUGUGGAUUCCCAGUCAUCUUUAGCACAAAUUGUUCCCCACUCCUUAAGCUGUUGAGUGUGAACAGGCAGAGUGACUUCUUCAAUUGUUAAAUCAAACACAUGCAAUGUAAGUUAUAUCAUGUGUGUCUUACUUUUCUUGUUUAUUGAUUUGCUGCCAGUUGAGAUUUUAAAUAUUUUCAAAUAAAGGGCAUGGUGAGACUGCAUGGGUGCCCAGUGAAAACUACUUUCAUUGGUGACUUUAUAGUCCAUGAUGGUGUGUGAACUGAAAUAGAAACAUUCUGAUGUGCCAAAGGUGCCAAACUUCACAAAAUGUCACACUAUUCUACAAGAAAGUUUUAAAAAUAGCCUUUCUUAAUAUAUCCACAAGAUAAUGCAAGAAAUGGCAAAAAUAAAUAAUAAAUAAAUGUGAUUUUAUUUUGUAAUGUGUCAUGCACUCUUUUGGACAAAGAGGAUGAGUGAACUAUCUAUAAGUGAUGAUGUUGUGCUUGCUUUAACUUGUAAAUAGAUGCUUUGUAAUGCUAUACACUCAAUGCUGUACACUCAGAUGGUUUCAGCAGUCCAAAUCACCGCAGCAGCCUCCACUAAUCUGCACUAGAUUUCAAAACAUGGCCUCCUGGCUCUGAAGAAUGUAUCUCUGUUAAUGAAUGUUUCUGACUGUACAUACCUAUGUCAUGACAUACUAUUACUAAUCUACAGGAUGUAUACUAAU